AUGAAACAUCAGGCUAUGACCAGCACAACUCCCGCCACCACACCACUUCCAGGAUCGUCAGCUGGCCCGUCGGCUUGCUUACCCGUUCCUGAGGCCUGCAACCAACUCUCGCGGCCUGAGCAUUUUUUAGGAGAGUCCGGAGACGUCAAUCCCUUCAUCACGCAAUGCGAACUUCACUUUGAGUUGAUGUCGCCAACGUUCCCGGCCGAAAGGUCGAACAUAGCAUUUGUCAUCACUCACCUGACUGGCCGGGCAGCAGGAAACAAAGGCAAGAGGAGAGGAAAAGAAAGCGGCUGUGGAGAAGUGCAGUGGCAGAGAGGCAGCGGUGAUGUUCUCAUGUGUUUUCUCUCCACACCACCACACCGCAACGCAAACACACGUAUGAGUGAACACACGCCCGCCCGCCUGUGUGUGCAGGUGAAGGCAGCACAUCGGAGGGUGGGCAUGGAUCCUGCAGAAGUCGGUGCCGACGUCACAGACUGUCAUGGGCGGUUCCUGAGGCCUGCCCAGAGCUCUUGCGGGAUGCUUUCCACAGCGCCCAAACUGACCACGCUGGAAUCAUCCCUCCGGUUUGUGGUGAAGGUCAAUGCCUCUGAGCUAGGAUUGGAGGCUUGUCCUGUCGUCUCUGCCAAGGACAACUAGCGUGGUGCUCUGCAAAGCACAACUUCAGUGUGUGGAGAUGAGAGCUUACAUCAGUAAACCUAAUUGUGGAGGAGUGGAGACCCUGGCUGAAGGUUGCCAACCAGCCUUUUAUGGUUUGGACAGAUCAUAAAAAUUUGCAGUGUCUUAAAUUCCCACAGGCUUAACUCUCGCCAGGCAAGAUUGCCCUAAUCUUAAAUUUUUCUCUCCUAUUGUCCAAGCAGUCACAAUAAAAAUGAGAUGCCCUCUCUGCCAGUUCACCUCUGACAAUUGUGUUUCAGAGAAUUAGACUAUUCUGCACCCUCCUGUGUAUCUUGGGAGCUGUGCUGUUGCAGACUGAGUAGCUAGUAGCUAGGGCUCUUCAGCAUGUUCAGGUACCAGGGGAGUGUCCACCUCACUGACCGUUUCUCUAUGAUGGCCAGUACUUACAGGUCUUGCAGUGGGAUACACAUCCAAACUGUCACCCUGGAGGCUCUGCUACAGAGGAUUUUAUUUAGCAGAGAUUCUGGUGGCCUUAGGUCUUCAGUGCUUUUACUUUGACAUCUAUUCCAUGUUUUCACCUUGUGUGUGCUUUUUAUAUGUGUUCAUGUACCGGGCCGGCUUAUGUGUGUUGUGUGUUCGUCUGUCGUCAUGAGGCCGGUCAUGGUUUGCU